CAGGGACAUAAACUACAGUACACGAUCUACACAGUGCAGCGCGCAGCUCGUCCAGCACAUCAGCAAAGCUAUCAGGACAUGGACGCCACAGCAGCAGGAGGUACUGUCGCUACUAGUGGAGAAGCGCGCCACCGCGGCGAUCAGCAAGGAAAGGAUGGCCGGUCGGAGAAGGACGCGGCCGGGAAGAAGGUGUCGUUGCUCGGCAUGUUCAGGUACGCCGACCGCCUCGACGUGCUGCUGAUGGUGGUCGGCACGGUGGGGGCGAUGGGCAACGGCGUGUCGGAGCCACUCAUAUCGGUCCUCUUCGGGAACGUCAUCAACUCCUUCGGCGAGAGCACGAGCAGCACCGUCCUCCGCAGUGUAACCAAGGGUGUCCUGAACUUCAUAUAUCUGGGCAUUGGAACAGCAGUUGCCUCCUUUCUUCAGGUGUCAUGCUGGACGAUGGCAGGAGAAAGGCAGUCAGCGCGCAUCCGUUCUUCUUACCUGAAAUCAGUUCUGAGGCAAGAUAUUGCAUUCUUCGAUACAGAAAUGACAACUGGUGAAGCAGUUUCUAGAAUGUCUAGCGACACGGUCGUAAUUCAAGGUGCUCUUGGUGAAAAGGCAGGGAAGCUUGUACAGAUCUCAUCUAGUUUCAUUGGUGGUUUUAUUAUAGCAUUCACAAAAGGCUGGCUUCUGACUCUUGUCAUGCUAACAUCACUACCACUAGUUGCUAUUACUGGUGCAGUGUCUGCGCAGCUGCUAACCAGGGCUUCUAGCAAGAGACUAACAUCAUACAGUGAUGCUGGGGACACUGUUGAGCAGACAAUUGGAUCUAUACGAACAGUUGUGUCCUUCAACGGUGAGAAGAAAGCUAUGGCAAUGUACAACAAUUUCAUAAAAAGGGCAUACAAGACUGUUAUUGAGGAAGGCCUUAUCAAUGGUUUUGGCAUGGGCUCCGUCUUUUGCAUCUUAUUUAGCAGCUAUGGACUAGCCUUCUGGUACGGUGGAAAGCUAAUUAUUGACAAAGGUUAUACUGGAGGGACAAUCAUCACUACUUUAUUUGCCGUGUUGACUGGUGCAACUUCUUUAGGUAACGCAACACCAUCAAUUUCUGCAAUUGCAGAAGGUCAAUCUGCAGCAUACAGACUAUUUGAAACAAUCGAGAGGAAACCGGAUAUAGAUUCAGAUGAUACCAGUGGCAUAGUUUUAGAAAAUAUCAAGGGUGAUGUUAAGCUAAAAGAUGUGUACUUUCGCUACCCUGCAAGACAAGGGCAGUUAAUAUUAGAUGGAUUGUCAUUGCAAGUAGCCAGUGGAACAACAAUGGCCAUAGUUGGAGAGAGUGGAAGUGGCAAGUCAACUGUUAUAAGCUUAGUUGAAAGAUUCUAUGAUCCACAGGCUGGUGAAGUUAUGAUAGAUGGAAUCAACAUCAAGAAUCUGAGGCUUGAUUGGAUAAGAGGGAAGAUCGGUCUUGUGAGCCAAGAACCAUUGCUCUUUAUGACCACCAUUAAAGAUAACAUAAUCUAUGGCAAAGAAGAUGCAACACUUGAAGAGAUCAAGAGAGCAGCCGAACUUGCAAAUGCCGCAAACUUCAUCGACAAGUUACCAAAUGGCUACGACACACUAGUUGGUCAGCGUGGCACUCUGCUUUCUGGAGGACAAAAACAAAGAAUUGCAAUUGCAAGGGCCAUCCUUAAAGAUCCCAAAAUCCUUUUGCUAGAUGAAGCAACAAGUGCAUUGGAUGUGGAAUCUGAGAGGAUAGUUCAGGAGGCACUCAAUAGGAUAAUGGUAGAAAGAACCACACUAGUGGUUGCUCAUCGCUUGAGCACUGUAAGGAAUGUUGACUGCAUCACAGUUGUUCGUCAAGGGAAAAUAGUUGAACAAGGUCCUCAUUAUGAAUUGGUGAAGGAUACCAAUGGAGCUUACUCCCAGCUUAUUAGGCUACAAGAAACUCGUGGAGACAAAAGGCAUAAAAUACAAGAUUCUGGAGUGCCAAAUACCUCAUCAAAAAGCACUAGUUUGUCAAUUCGACGGUCAAUGAGUAAAGAUUCUUUUGGCAAUAGCAACAGAUAUUCCUUCAAGAACCCUUUAGGAUUGUCUGUAGAGUUGCAUGAGGAUGAAAACACAGGCGGACACAAAAAGGACGAGCUUACCGACGCGAAGGCCCUUAAGAAAGCACCAAUUCGACGUCUUUUUUCUCUUAACAAGCCAGAGGUGCCAUUUCUUCUGCUCGGUUCUAUAGCGGCAGCAGUGCAUGGACUCAUUUUCCCACUGUUCGCAAUACUAACGUCUGGUGUUAUAAAAUCAUUCUACGAGCCACCAGAUAAGAUGCGAAAAGAUUCUAGCUUUUGGGCACUGUUAUCUGUUGUUCUGGGGAUUGCAUCUCUGAUUUCAAUCCCAGCAGAGUAUUUUUUGUUUGCAAUUGCUGGAGGCAAGCUUAUACAGCGUGUCCGGACACUGUCAUUUCAAAACAUUGUGCGUCAAGAAGUUGCUUGGUUCGAUAAUCCCUCAAAUUCCAGUGGGGCACUUGGCACAAGGCUCUCAGUUGAUGCAUUAAAUGUCCGGCGCUUAGUAGGUGAUAACCUGGCCAUUAUAGUCCAAUCUAUAGCUACAUUAAUUACUGGCUUUGCCAUAGCUUUUUCGGCGGAUUGGAGGCUUGCAUUGGUUAUCACUUGUGUCAUCCCUUUAGUGGGUGCACAGGGUUAUGCUCAAGUGAAGUUCUUGAAGGGGUUUAGCGAAGAAGCUAAGGAGAUGUAUGAAGAUGCAAGCCAAGUUGCAACUGAUGCUGUUGGUAGUAUCAGAACAGUAGCAUCUUUUAGUGCAGAGAAAAGAGUGGUCAGAACAUAUAACAAGAAAUGUGAAGCUUUAAGGAAACAGGGAAUUCGAAGUGGAACCGUUGGAGGGCUUGGUUUUGGUUUCUCAUUCUUGGUGUCAUAUCUCACAUAUGCUCUAUGUUUCUAUGUUGGCGCACAGUUCAUACGUCAGGGAAAAAUAACUUUUGCAGAUGUUUUCAAAGUUUUGUUAGCUUUCGUUUUGGCAGCUACUGGGGUUUCACAGUCAAGUGCAUUAGCAUCUGAUGCAGCAAAGGCAAGGGAUUCCGUCAUUUCUGUUUUCAGUAUUCUAGAUCGGAAGCCCAAAGUUGAUUCAAGCAGCUGUGAGGGCCUAACGUUGGAAAACAUUACCGGCAAUAUUGAUUUCAGUAAUGUCAGUUUCAAGUACCCAUCACGCCCGGAUGUCCAAAUAUUCAGUGACUUCACCUUGCACAUUCCUUCCAGAAAGACCAUAGCACUUGUUGGAGAAAAUGGAAGUGGCAAGUCCACAAUAAUUUCUUUACUGGAGCGUUUCUAUGAUCCUGAUUCUGGUAGAAUCUCACUAGAUGGAGUCGAAAUUAAGAGCAUAAGAAUUAGCUGGUUAAGGGAUCAGAUGGGGCUGGUAGGCCAGGAGCCCGUGCUUUUCAAUGACACCAUCCGUGCCAACAUAACCUAUGGGAAACAUGGAGAGGUGACAGAGGAAGAGAUCAUGACUAUUGCCAAGGCAGCAAAUGCUCAUGAGUUCAUAUCAAGCUUGCCACAAGGAUAUGACACUUUUGUCGGCGAGAAAGGAGUGCAAGUAUCUGGUGGGCAGAAACAGCGAGGAGCUAUCGCAAGGGCCAUCAUAAAGGACCCUAAGAUACUGCUGCUGCUUGAUGAGGCAACCAGUGCCUUGGAUGCAGAAUCUGAGCAUAUUGUUCAAGAUGCAUUGGACCGAGUCAUGAUCAGCAGGACCACCAUUGUGGUGGCGCACCGCCUCUCCACAAUUAAAGGGGCUGAUAUGAUUGCAGUCCUCAAGGAAGGCAAAAUUGCAGAAAAAGGAAAGCAUGAUGCCCUGAUGCGAAUCAAGGAUGGAGUCUAUGCUUCGCUGGUUGAACUUCGCUCAAAUUCUGAGUAGAAUUAUAUAUAUCUUUUGAUAUUUCUUUGUUCCUAGCAAAACUAUUUGGGCAUACAAGUACAUUUUGUCUGUGAUUUGAGAAGUGAAUGCAAGAGUGUAGCAGUUUGUUGCACGUAAGUCUUAUGAUGGUAGGUGGAGUAUAAUACAACCGUUCAUGCAUUGACUGAUUCCACCA